CUGAGAGUGGCAGCCGGACUUACCAAGCGGCUAGGGGCAGGGCGCCGCAGUGCCGUAGUAGUCGACAGCCGACGCUGACUGCUUGGGAGCCGUGGGUACCGGAGCGGAGACCCUGGCGCUGCCUGACCCCAGCCUGGCCGCCCGAGUUCCGCGGCGCCCCCUCGGGCUGCCAUCCCCUCCCAAGAGCGCUGCGCGGGCGGGAAGACGCCCAGACGCCGGCUUCGGUCCCUUGUCUCUCGGUUCCUCUUUCGUCCCACGUAAGGGAAUAAGCCCCGAGGAAAGAGCGCUUCGGGGUACCGCACAACCAAGUGUUGCCUGGUAAGAGGAAGAGCGAGGAUUUCUGAAUUUACCUUAACUACACAUAGAAUGACGUUGCCUGAGGAAGAGCAGAGGUCUUCUCUGAUCUGCUGAAGGGUUCCUGCUGCUGCCAUAGACACCUGGGUCCUCGAGAAGUCUCCUAAGAGGCUUGUCCAUCGCAUACCUGCAAUGAGCCAGGCCCUGUUCUUGGCCACAGCUUCGCCCUGGUGAACAAACCUCCUCUCCUGGCCUCAAGCUCACAAACCCAGCUUAAAGAUGAGUGAAGAACGCUGGGUCUCCCUCACUCCAGAAGAAUUUGACCAACUCCAGAAAUUAUCAGAGUAUUCUUCCAAGAAGAUAAAGGAUGUCUUGGCUGAAUUUAAUGAGAGUGGGAGCCUCAAACAAUAUGACUCACAUGAGCCAAUUAGCUAUGAUGUCUUCAAGCUGUUCAUGAGGGCAUACCUGGAGGUGGAUCUUCCUCAGCCACUGAGCACGCAUCUCUUCCUGGCCUUCAGCCAGAAACCCAGACAGGAGACCCCUGACCACCCAAAGGAGGAAGCCAGCAACAGCGAGGCCAGUGCCCCAGAUUCUAACAUACAGAAUGCAGAUAAUGCUGCCAAAGCCGAUGAGGCUUGUGCUCCUGAUACGGCUAUUACGGAAUCAAAGAUCACCGAGAAGCAAGUGCUAGCUAAAGAUCAAGCGGCUUCAGUCCCCCUGGAAAACCAUGCUGCUCAAUCUUCAGGCUCAGAAUCCCCCAUCGUGUACCUGAAGGAUGUCGUGUGUUAUCUGUCCUUGCUGGAGAUGGGGAGACCUCAGGAUAAGCUAGAAUUCAUGUUUCGUCUCUAUGAUUCAGAUGAGAACGGUCUCCUGGACCAAGCGGAGAUGGAUCGUAUUGUCAACCAAAUGCUGCACAUUGCCCAGUAUCUUGAGUGGGAUCCCACGGAGCUAAGGCCUAUACUGAAGGAGAUGUUGCAAGGAAUGGACUACGACCGGGACGGCUUUGUGUCUCUGCAGGAAUGGGUCCAUGGAGGGAUGACCACCAUUCCAUUGCUGGUCCUCUUGGGCAUGGAUGAUUCUGGCUCCUCGGGGGAUGGGAGGCACGCCUGGACCAUGAAGCAUUUCAAGAAACCAACCUACUGCAACUUGUGCCACGUCAUGCUGAUGGGCGUUCGGAAACAAGGCCUGUGCUGCAUUUACUGCAAAUACACCGUCCACGAACGCUGUGUAUCCAAAAACAUUCCCGGAUGUGUCAAAACGUACUCAAAAACCAAAAGGGGCGGCGAGGUGAUGCAGCACGCGUGGGUGGAAGGGAACUCUUCUGUCAAGUGUGACCGGUGCCACAAAAGUAUCAAGUGCUACCAGAGUGUCACCGCGCGGCACUGCGUGUGGUGCCGGAUGACGUUUCACCGCAAAUGUGAAUUAUCCACGUUGUGUGAUGGUGGGGAACUCAGGGACCACAUCUUAUUGCCUACCUCGAUAUGCCCAGUCACUCGGGACAGGCAAGGCGGGAAGUCUGAUGGCAGCGUGUCAGCCACGGGUGAACUUGUAAUGCAGUAUAAGAUCAUCCCUACCCCGGGUACCCACCCCCUGUUGGUCUUGGUGAACCCCAAGAGCGGAGGGAGACAAGGAGAAAGAAUUCUUCGGAAAUUCCACUAUCUGCUCAACCCCAAACAAGUUUUCAACCUGGACAAUGGGGGGCCUACUCCAGGACUGAACUUUUUCCGCGAUACUCCAGACUUCCGUGUCUUGGCCUGUGGAGGAGAUGGGACAGUUGGCUGGAUUUUGGAUUGCAUUGAUAAGGCCAACUUUGCAAAGCAUCCACCAGUGGCUGUCCUGCCUCUUGGAACAGGAAAUGACCUGGCCCGCUGUCUCCGCUGGGGAGGAGGUUAUGAAGGGGGCAGCCUGACGAAAAUCCUGAAGGACAUUGAGCAGAGCCCCUUGGUGAUGCUGGACCGCUGGCACCUGGAAGUCAUCCCUAGAGAGGAGGUGGAGAACGGGGACCAAGUCCCAUACGACAUCAUGAACAACUAUUUCUCCAUUGGUGUGGAUGCUUCUAUUGCACACAGAUUCCACGUGAUGAGAGAGAAACACCCUGAAAAAUUCAACAGCAGGAUGAAGAACAAGCUAUGGUACUUUGAAUUUGGCACCUCGGAGACCUUCGCGGCCACCUGCAAGAAACUCCAUGACCACAUAGAGUUGGAGUGUGAUGGAGUUGGUGUUGACCUGAGCAACAUCUUCCUUGAAGGCAUUGCCAUUCUCAACAUUCCUAGCAUGUAUGGUGGCACCAAUCUCUGGGGAGAAACAAAGAAGAAUCGGGUUGUGAUCCGGGAAAGCAGGAAGGUCGUCACUGAUCCCAAGGAACUGAAAUUCUGUAUCCAAGACCUCAGUGACCAGCUUCUUGAAGUGGUGGGGCUAGAGGGAGCCAUGGAAAUGGGGCAGAUCUACACUGGCUUGAAGAGUGCGGGCAGGAGGCUGGCCCAGUGCUCCUCGGUCACCAUCAGGACGAACAAGCUGCUGCCAAUGCAAGUGGAUGGAGAGCCCUGGAUGCAGCCACCCUGCAUGAUUAAAAUUAUUCACAAGAACCAAGCGCCCAUGAUGAUGGGGCCUCCCCAGAAGAGCAGCUUCUUUUCACUGAGGAGAAAGAGUCGUUCUAAAGACUAAGCAAUGUGUCAAAUGCCAGUUAAACCAAGAGAGAAAACAAGAAACUGCCACACACACACACACACACACACAUACACACACACACACACACAUGCACACAAAUACACAAACUCUCUCUUCUCUAACUGGUGGAAAUAAAGCCACCCUUUGGGAGGAAACCUUCACCCUGCCAUACAUUCCGUUUCAACAGCGAACACACCCCAACAGAGCCAGUGCCGACAGAACAUUUUGAAUGGACGUAAGGCCCACCAGGAUAUGGUUGGCUCAUGCAGCAACCUCCACAUUCCCAGAAGUCCUUGAGCAGGACUUUCUGAGACUGGAGGAGAAAUCUUUCUUUCUUCCCACCAGCCUGCAAGUUUCCUCAUAGACACUCGCAAGG